UAGGCGCAGCAAGCCAAGCAAGGAUCAAACCUCGAUUUCCAUGAAAAAAAAGUGAAAAAGAACCAAGUUCAAUUCCAUUGAUGCGAGAGAACGACUACUCUCUCUCUCUCUCCAGAACCCAAAUGCAGUAGACCUUUUUAAGUCGUUAUAUUAUACAUUCUUCUCUUUCUAAGCAAUUCGCUUAUCUAUCUGAGAUGUCGAAGAUGGUGGUUUUCAUCCUUUCCCUUCUUUUUCUGCUGGGUUUUAAUGAUGCAGGUCAAGAAUCAAUUGAACCGUUGAACAUACUUGAUCCAUCUCCCAUGAUUCUUCGAAGCUUAUCUCACACAGACAUUCCUGUUGCUGUGUCUGUGAGUGAAACCCAUCUUUAUGAGGUUUCUUCUAGCCUUUCAAUGGCAGAAAGCUGGGUUAGGACCCAUGUUCUAACCUACUUCCCUUCGACCAAAAUCACCCACAUUGUGGUGGGAAAUGAUGUCCUUUGCAACAGAGAUCAAGAAGAGAUGUGGGGUUUGGUUCUGCCAUCUCUGAAGAACAUUUAUUAUUCUCUCGUCAGAUGGGGUUUGGAGAGAGAAAUCAAAGUAUCUGCUUCCUUUUCUGGUGCUUGUUUAGAUCCAAAUUCCAACUUGUUUAGAGAUGAACUAGUCACGAAUCUUAUCAAUCCUCUGUUGGGAUUUCUUUUGAACUCCAACUCAACCUAUUGUGUCUGCCCGAUUUCAGAUUUUUCCCCAUUGUCAUCUGAAGCCAUAGACUUGGUUUCUGCACAUUAUGAAUCCAUCAAAAAGCUUGGGCCUUUUCAGAUGAAUGGGAUCAAUGUGGUCCUCUGCACCCAGGAAAAACAGAAACCCAAGAGCAGGAAGCUCUCAUUCAUGAGUUUCAAUUUUGAAAACUCUUACUCUGUUCCUGCACAUUUGGUAAAAAACCCACUGCCCCCAUUAACAGGGAUCGCUCCUCAACCUUCGAUGUCCUUCUCUUUUGCUCCAAAGGGCUCUCCUUUGGGCAUCCCCUCGAACCCACCUGAUUCUAUCUCAUUGCCCCCAUGUAGUGCGGUGGACAUGGGAGCCGCGCCAUCGCCGGAAACAGGGGAGGUGAAUCCUCUCUGGUGUGUGGCAAAGCCUAGUGUUCCUGCAGCUACAUUAGAGGAGGCUAUGGAUUAUGCUUGUAGGGAAGGUGGUGCGGAUUGUGAGGAGAUUAAGCCUCAUGGAAGCUGUUACAACCCCGACUCGGUUGUCGCCCAUGCUUCUUAUGCUUUCAACAGCUAUUGGCAGAAGAACAAGAGAAAUGGAGGGACUUGCAGUUUUGGAGGGACUGCUAUGAUCAUUAAUGCGGACCCAAGUUUUAUGCACUGUCGGUUCAUCCUUGGUUGAUGUUGGCGACAUGUUAGAAGAAAUUUUUGCUGCAAGUUUAUUCAUGGAUGAUGGGUUGGUUUCCCUUUUCUUCUUUAUUCCUUGUAAUGUAAUCUCUUUUUAGGAUUUACAGACCAGAAAACUUUGAAAGAUUGCUUGGACUGUCCUUUGCAUAUAUCACUUGUAAAGGAGGAAAAGGUACUACUGGGACUACUGUUUUUGUGA